AGCAGGGCAAGUAGUCGUGGUGGAUGCAAUCUAUUGGCUUCUCAGUGCUGCCGCUAAAGUCACAACCCCGACUGUAGCCCGCACUGCCUUUACCAGUGUAUUUCUGUAGCUGCUGGUGCCGCUGCUGCUCUCCCUCCCCCUUAAAUGGUGUGGGCAGAGUGGGAUGGAAGACUGCACUGGAAACCUUUUCAUGGAAAUGGUCUUUGCUGUUGGUAUUGCUGUAGCACCAUUCUGGUGACAACAACAUGCCGUUGAAAUGGAAAAGCGGUUCUCCUGUCAGCUGGAAAUUCCCAGUGCCAGUUCUUAAGACAUCCAGGUCCUCACCCCUUUCGCCUGCUUACAUAUCCCUCGUGGAGGACGACGACGCUCACAUGAAAGUUGCUCUGGGCUAUGGUGAUAUGGGCAUCUCUGCUCACCUUCAGGCAUCAAAGACUGGAAACACUCGAUUUUUCACAAGCAACACGCACAGCUCAGUGGUUCUUCAGGGAUUUGACCAGCUGAGGAUAGAGGGAUUGCUCUGUGAUGUCACAUUGGUGGCUGGCGACUGUGAUGAAGCUUUCCCUGUGCACCGUGCAAUGAUGGCCUCCUCCUCCGACUAUUUCAAAGCCAUGUUCACAGGUGGAAUGAAAGAACAGGAUUUAAUGUGUAUCAAGCUGCAUGGAGUAAACCGAAUAGGCCUCAAGAAGAUUAUUGACUUUAUCUACACGGCAAAGUUGUCACUCAACAUGGAGAAUCUGCAAGACACACUUGAGGCAGCCAGUUUCUUACAAAUCCUUCCAGUGCUGGACUUUUGCAAGGUCUUUCUCAUCUCUGGGGUUUCUCUGGACAACUGUGUAGAAGUGGGACGCAUUGCCAACACAUACAACCUCACAGAGGUGGAUAAAUACGUCAACAAUUUCAUCCUGAAGAACUUUCCCUCAUUGCUGGGCACGGGGGAGUUUGUCAAGCUACCAUUUGAACGCUUGGCUUUUGUACUGUCCAGUAACAGCUUAAAACACUGCACUGAGUUGGACCUGUUCAAGGCGGCUUGCCGCUGGCUACGCUUUGAAGACAGCCGUAUGGACUAUGCCCCAAAGCUCAUGAAGAACAUCCGCUUUCCUCUCAUGAACCCGCAGGAUCUCAUCAAUCACGUGCAGACUGUGGACUUUAUGCGUACGGACAACACCUGUGUCAACCUUCUCCUGGAAGCUAGCAACUACCAAAUGAUGCCCUACAUGCAGCCAGUUAUGCAGUCAGAACGGACAGCCAUCCGCUCAGACAGUGCCCACCUGGUCACUCUGGGUGGUGUUCUGCGCCAGCAGCUUGUUGUGAGCAAGGAGCUGCGUCUCUUUGAUGAGAGGGCUCACGAAUGGAAGGCGCUGGCGCCCAUGGACGCACCUCGUUACCAACACGGCAUUGCGGUCAUCGGCAACUUUCUCUAUGUUGUGGGUGGCCAAAGCAACUACGACACCAAAGGCAAAACAGCAGUGGACACGGUGUUCCGAUAUGACCCUCGCUACAACAAAUGGAUCCAGGUGGCAUGCCUUAAUGAGAAACGUACCUUCUUCCACCUCAGUGCACUCAAGGGACACCUCUACGCUGUCGGUGGAAGGAAUGCUGCAGGGGAGCUUGCUACUGUGGAGUGCUACAACCCAAGGACAAAUGAAUGGACAUACGUUGCCAAAAUGAAUGAGCCACAUUAUGGCCACGCUGGGACGGUGUACGGUGGUUAUAUGUAUAUUUCAGGUGGAAUCACUCACGACACUUUUCAGAAGGAGCUGAUGUGCUUUGACCCGGAUGCCGAUAAAUGGACUCAGAAAGCGCCCAUGACGACAGUUCGCGGCCUCCACUGCAUGUGCACGGUGGGCGACCGUCUUUACGUGAUCGGAGGCAAUCAUUUCAGGGGCACCAGCGACUACGACGACGUCCUCAGCUGCGAAUACUACUCCCCCGCCCUCGACUUGUGGACACCUAUCGCCGCCAUGUUGCGAGGUCAGAGCGACGUGGGCGUGGCCGUGUUUGAGAAUAAGAUUUACGUGGUGGGCGGCUACUCGUGGAACAAUAGGUGCAUGGUGGAAAUAGUACAGAAGUACGACCCCGAGAAAGACGAAUGGCACAAAGUUUUCGACUUGCCCGAGUCACUGGGGGGAAUCCGAGCCUGCACACUCACUGUUUUCCCCCCUGAUGAUAUGUCGGGCUCACCCUCCAGAGAGUCGCCGCUUUCAGCACCUUGAUGAGCAAAGGGGGUGAGCCCUACUCCGCUCAUACCCCCGUAACCCUUCCCCACCCCCCCGACAGCCCCCCUCAACAAACACACCUUAUAGACUUUGUUUGCACUUCCUUUAUGGACAACAUCUGUACUGCAUCCCAAACUACCCCCCAAGUCCACAUCCCCUAAAGCUGUGCAGAACCCCCCCUCCCACAUCUGCGUGAUGAAACCUACAUACCAACAUGGUUUGGCAACCUAAUUACAUGUUAAUUUUGCAUACUUGGUAUAUUUUGGCAGGAAAAAAACAACAACAAAAAAAAAAACAACCUCCACUUGAAAAGUGACUUUGCAAAUCAACUUUUCUACCUGAUGUCCAGACUUUUCUUAUGUCUCGUUUCUUUUGGUGUUCUACCUUGAGAUGUUGACUACCACACUGACUCUCUCUUCUAGUCUAUGCCAGGUUAGAUGCAGGUGACACCGUCCUCAGACAGCAAACACAUAGGGACCGAUGAGCUUUUGAAAGACACGUGGUUUUUAACUCAGGGGUUGGCCCAGGCCCCAUCUUCGUCUCUCUUGCAGUUUCACUUCUUUCCUGCUGUUGGUAUGAAACUGUUAACAAAAAUGGUGUUUUCUAAAUUUAAUAAACAUGAUUUUGAAAGUAA